AUGACGAACAAAGAGUCGAGCGAAUUGUUUGGCAUGUUAGACAUUGCACGAAUAAUCACCGAUAACUCGUUGUCUUUGUGUCAGGUCAAUCCCAAUGGAAAAAUUACUAUUUUUAUGUCUCUAUCCGAUCGCCCCAACGUCGGUUGCAUCGCGUCCGAUGACUGGACAGAAUGGUUUAAUUAUUUUUACGAGUACGGACUGCUUAAGUUUCUGAAAAACGUCGAGCUAAACAACACACUGUUCGUUAAGGCGCUCCUGUUCCGGUGCGCGGAGAGUUUAAUUCUAUUACCGGUGCUGCUCGAAACGGUUUACGUCCAGAUUCCAGAGAUUAAAAACAUCAUCCUCGUCAAACCACCUGGAACCAAAAUCUGCGCAGAAAUGUGUUUGCCGUUUUCCACUUUGUCCGCCAAAAACGGAUCCGCCGCAGAUCCGGAAUUCGGACGUCCCGAAAUCCUGUACCACACCAGAGAGUUCAGCAUUAAUAAAAUCAAUUUGCGGAUUGCCGAGGUGGACGACUUCAUUGACUUGAGGGCCUAUUUGGGACACCGAUUAGACUUUUUGGAUGAUUACUACGGUGAAUAUAGUUUGGCAAAAAUACUAGAGUUCCCCGGCGAAGGCCGCAUUAAUUUAGUUCCUAAUGUCAAAACGAAUGGGUUGAUCACUGUGUACACGGAUUUGGAUUAUCCUUUGUUGGACUGUGUAUUUGAUUUGUACCAGUUCGCGGGAUUGGUCGAGUUGAAAGACGAAAAAAACAAGUCAAUCGAACCCAAGAGUAUAUUACGAUUAGCUACAGACCUUUCCAGGAUGACGGAAAAGGCAACAAUUUCAAAUAAUCCAUCCGCAAUUGUCGUCCAAUAUGAGUUUAUAUCAAAUCAGUUCAAAAAACUUACCGAUAAAUCAAUAAAACCGAUAAAUCAGUCUUUUCAAAGUUAUAUUCCACUGAAAGAAAGUGACAUAUAUUCUGUCGAUCCGCAGUUAUCUCUCAAACUCUCCAUCACUAGUAUUUCCAAGAACGAAAACAAAAUCGUGUAUUUCGCAGAAAUACUCAAUAAAGAAAACAAAAAUAUAAUUAAGGAUUUCCUAAAGUUUCAAGAUAAAGAGUCUAAAAAAUCGAACGAUUCGUCAUACUUUCUAAGCAGCUCAUAUGAUUCAUCAGAGAACAUGACCUAUUUAAAAACGGAUUAUAAAAGAACUGCUUUUAUGAUCGAAUUAAUGUUGAUCGACGGCGACGAAGAAAAUAAAGCCACGUGGGACUAUUUGAUAUCGAUUUUUAGAUAUUUCACCGAGUUUUCUCAGUACGAAUACUGCUUAAUGAACUUACACACAAUUGCAACUCCGCCCGAACUUAAAAAGUUUUUUUGUAAUGCCACUUUGAAACCCAAUCGAUCUUAUCCCAUGGGAUUACUUUACAUACUUCAUCGAUCUUUUCUAACCGGAACCUUCUCGUGUGUAAUGGUUACAAAAGAACAUUUGGAACUCAUGGAACUUAUGAUUGAAAAUCAUCCCCUCAAACAUGUCAUUUCAAAUAAUAUAUCCAAAUCGGUUUUUGAAGAUAUGAGAUAUAGAACAUAUAUUUUUCUAUGUAACGACCAACCAAUUGGAUUAAACGAUGAAAUCAAAUUUUUAAGCAGUUACUUUGACGUGGCUCGUUAUGCGUACCCCAAACUUGCUCGUAAUCAUAUGGCAGUUUUGCUGAAUAUGGAUUUGCAAAGGACGUUCAUGAAGAAAUCUCGUAGUUUGCUUAAGUUUGUAAUGGAACACAGUGACAUCAAUUGUUUGUUUUAUAAACUUUAUGCGGACCCAACCGUAAUGGAAGAAUGCGAAUUGUCUUACAUUACUGAAAUAAAAGAACUGAUACCUGUUAAACCUCGUGUUCGCAUACAAUACGAUGGUGAAAACGUUUUUUGUGACCAUGACAAGUUUGCACUAUUCCACAUAAAUACACGAUUGUGCAGUACUCAACCAAUGUCAAUAGACGCCAAGAUUGUCGUGGUUGGAGCGUCAGUUGUAGCUUUAUCUUUUUUAGAAAGUCUCCUGUUCAACCCAGUUAAUUAUUACAUUAGAUUCGACAAUAUAGUACUCAUAUCUGACGGCGGUACUCCAUAUCAACUUAGCUUAACUGACCUGGAGAAUCGAAUGAUUCCAAUAACAGCACACUAUGAUUACGAGUACAUGAUUUCUAUGGGUUUUAAAUCAUUUGUGGAUGUCGUCACCGGUACAGUAACAACAAUUAACAGAGCUGAUAAAUGCGUAACUGUAAAUGAGGAUGAACAAGUAUAUUACGAUUAUUUAUUUUUAUUAUAUGGUGAACAAUUUGGUUACAGUGUUAAGGAAAUUGAAAUCAAAUCUGAUACUUCUAUCAAGUCAAGCGGUGAAAAUACCAUACUAGAAAAUUUAUUUUUAUUGAAUUCUGAACAUGAUGUCACCCAUGCUUAUAAAUAUAUCGAGUCAAUAAAGAAUAAUGCUAAAGGUAAUUUUUAA